UUACCGUUGACAGGGUCUCGUACCCUCGAGGGAGGGCAUGCCGGCGCUCUCCAGCAGCAGCAGCAGGCUGGGCGGCAGCAGCAGCAGCAGCACGGAUGGCAUGCAGGUGGGCCAGAGUCUACAACAAUCCAUCAAUCCAUCCACCACAUCACACAGCCCGUAUACACCUCUCGCACUCCCAUUUCCCGCCCUUGUGUACCUGGCGUGCUGCUUGUCGUCCGGCCUUAUCCGUCAUGUCGAUGACGGACCCUGCCCUGCCAUCCGCUGCUUCAGCAGCAGCAGCAGGAGUCUGCCGGCCCCCGACAGCAUGAUCCUCCAAACCAGUCGCCCGUGGCCGAGUGUGGAACGGCCGCUGGCGAUGACGACGAAGGUCGCCCGGGCGAUCUGGCUUGGACGGGAGCUGACCAGCAGAUCCUGAAGGCACAGACACAAUUAGAAAGACAGAGAUCUUUCAUGAAUCCAACGCCAUGCGAUAUAGGUCUUUUCAUUUUGGCCCAUCGGACAUCGCUUCUCCUCCUUUCUCACCCUGAUUGAGGGGAGAUGGCCGUGCUGCGCGCAUAGUCCUCCCUGAUCCGGCUGGCGGGGCGGUUGUGUGGACGAGAGAGAGGGACAGCGAAUGAUGUCGAGCUCACUGGCGGCUGUCGUCUCCUCUUCUGGGCACAGGAUGGCCACCACACUGGCGACGAAGAGGGUGGCCAUCUCGAAACACAUGAGCCCAAGCCCCAGUGCCGCCGUGACAGCGCUGCCUGCCGCCGUGACAGCCAUGGCCCCACCGGCCGUCACUGCCGCUUUGGUGGCGAGGGCGGCGCCGACAGCGAAGAUGGUCUCGACGAAGGGCAU